GUCCAUCGCUCCCACAAUGAGGCGACAGCGAGCCUCUGGGACACGAAAAUGGGGCGUCCGAGGUUUGCUCAAACCGUGACUCACGGCCGGUUUUGUCAUAUAAACCGCGCCGUGCGUUUUGAUGACAAAUUGUACAGGCCUCGGCGUCACCAUAACAACAAAUUGUCACCAAUUGCCGAGCUGUGGGGCAAAUGGAGCAACCUGCUCCAAAAACGUUUCAACCUGGGGAGGGAUGUUUGCGUAGAUGAGCAGCUGGUCGCCUUUAGGGGCCGCUGCUCCUUCAAGCAAUACAUCCCCUCCAAGCCGGGAAAAUAUGGGCGCUGUGCGAUGUUGACACGUCGUACGCCUGGAAGCUGGAGGUGUAUCUUGGAAAGCCUCCAGGAGGAGAGCGCGCAAAAAAAGUUGGCAUGCACACCGUCCUAAGACUGUACGACUCUAUAGAGGGGCACACCAUCACGAUGGAUACUUUUUUUUGUUCAGUCCCACUAGCUCUUGAGCUGCUGAAAAAAAAAUGCACUAGUUGGGACAAUUCGAAAAAACUAGAAAGAGCUCCCUCUGCAACUCCUCCAGUUUCAUCACCGACAAGUCAAGUCCAGCAUGUUUGCCUUUACCAAAACCAUGGCACUGGUCUCCUACGUCCCCAAGAAGGGGAAGAAUGUUGUGCUCCUCAGCACAAAACACCGGGAACCACAGCUGGAGGAGGGUCCACAAAAGAAACCGAACAUCAUCUUGGCGUACAACAAGAGCAAAGGCGCAGUGGAUCACCUGGACCAAGCCUGCUCCGCCUACACUACCCAGAGGCGAACCCCAAGGUGGCCUAUGUGCCUCUUUUAUCACAUAUUGGACAUUUCGUUGUUCAAUGCUUUUGUUUUAUUUGUUGCCAUCAAUCCAAAAUGGAAUGAAAAAAACUAUUUAAAAGGAGGCUUUUCCUGAGCGA